UCAUCUUUGCGGAUGCAAUUGCAGAACAGGAAACAGACUCAGGGAAAAUUUUUAGCCCCCCCAAAAUCUCAUUGGCUAUCUACGCAAGCUAAGGCACAACAAUCACUCCUGCAACACACCGGAUCCCUUUCAGUACUCGCAGCCGUGGACAGCUCUCUCACCUCGCGCUCGGUUCCUCCGCAGUGAGCCUCCUCGCGUUCAGCCUGCACGGGUCGGUGCGGCACCCGCCACCAAGUCUUCGCCAGCGCGCAGGGAACACGCGCUCCCUCCCUCCUCCCUCUCGGUGCCCCCGCCCCUCGCUCACCCCGGCUCACUCCAGCGGCGACUUUGAGGGAUUCCCUCUCGGGCGGCCUCUGCAGCAGCACAUCUGGCCUCAUUCUCUGCACCGCGAGCAUGGAUCUCAGAGGAAGAGCCUUUCCCAGCGUCUACAGACUUCGAGUUCUCCUGAUGCUGUUCCAUACAAUGGCUCGAAUCACAGCAGAACAAGAAGUGGAAAAUCUCUCAGGCCUUUCCACUAACCCUGAAAAAGAUAUAUUUGUGGUGCGGGAAAAUGGGACGACGUGUCUCAUGGCCGAGUUCGCAGCCAAAUUUAUUGUCCCUUAUGAUGUGUGGGCCAGCAAUUAUGUCGAUCUGAUCACGGAACAGGCCGAUAUCUCACUGACCCGGGGAGCGGAGGUGAAGGGCCGCUGUGGCCACAACGAAUCCGAGCUGCAGGUGUUCUGGGUGGAUCGCGCCUAUGCACUCAAAAUGCUGUUUGUGAAGGAAAGUCACAACGCAUCCAAGGGACCCGAGGCGACGUGGAGAUUGAGCAAGGUCCAGUUUGUCUACGACUCUUCGGAGAAGACCCAUUUUAAAGACGCAGUCAGUGCUGGGAAGCACACGGCCAACUCCCAUCGCCUCUCUGCCUUGGUCACCCCAGCUGGGAAGUCCUAUGAGUGUCAAGCUCAGCAAUCCAUUUCACUAGCCUCCAGUGAUCCACAGAAGACAGUCACCAUGAUUCUGUCCGCAGUCCACAUCCAGCCUUUCGACAUCAUCUCUGAUUUUGUCUUCAGUGAAGAGCAUAAGUGCCCGGUGGAUGAGCGAGAACAGUUGGAGGAAACCUUGCCCCUGAUUUUGGGACUCAUCUUAGGCCUCGUCAUUGUGGUAACACUGGCAAUUUACCACAUCCACCACAAAAUGACGGCCAACCAGGUGCAGAUCCCUAGGGAUCGAUCCCAAUAUAAGCACAUGGGCUAGGGGCCAUUAGGCAGGCAGUCCCGGAGACCCCCUCCCCCAGCUGGAUCAGGUAAAGAAACAAAGCACUUUUCCACCUUGUACAUGGGAUACACCAACAUAGCUACAAUGCAACAGGCCUGGGUGUCCAAGGCUUGCUUGGCCUGCAUCCAUGCUUAAACCCAGGGAUGGUGGGAGGGAUUCUUUUGGAUUCAUGGGAUGAAUGGCAGAUCUUCUCUCCACACUGGGGAAUGAGGAGGGAGGGGUCAGCCAGCUUUCACGCUCAUGGUGGCUUGGCUUUCUGUCUCCAAGAAGCAACACAUACAACUCAGAGGAGUAUCUUGCUCUGAAGUUUAAUGAUGAAAAGACACUUCUUUUGGAAAGACACCCCUUUAGGUUCAGAGAAAUAGGGGGUGCUUUGCUCCCUUGGCCUACCUUAUACAGCACACAAAAUACAGCCUCAUGCUCCCUACGGCAAGAUCCCUGAAAGUGAUCCAUGCUUCUGGCUGGCAUUCUGCAUGUCUAGUGAUUGUCUUGGGAAUGUUUCACUGCUACCUGCACCCAGUGACUUUGCAGCACAGACCCCAUUUAAUGUAACUAUGCAAAGUUGUUUGGGCUCUAGUAUGUCAGGUCCAAGUAAGGGGACCUGAAGAAUCAAUCGUGUGAGUUUGUUUUUCAAAAUGAAUUAAAACACACUACUGUCUAA